AGCAGUUCAGGCCCCAUCCGCAUCGUAAUAAAAGUUGAAAGAAUGAAAAUGUCAUCCUUUGAUUCUCUGCCCCAUAAAGAUGAAGUGGAUCCUGAAGUUGCCAACUUUAUUCAGAUUGAAUCACAAAAGGCAGAAUUACAAGCUCAGGUUCACAAGUUGGCAGAUGUCUGUUGGGAGCAAUGUGUAGACAGGCCACGUGAUAAACUAGACAGCAAGACAGAAAACUGUGUGUCAAAUUGUGUGGAGAGGUUCAUUGACACGUCACUAACUAUAGCUACCAGGUUUCAGAAGCUUUUGCAGGGAGCUGCAAACAUGUAGUCUUUAUUCUGUGUUCAUUAUUUUAUUAGCUUUUUUUAAAACUGAUAUUUCUUAGCAAAUAAAACUGAAAAAUUGUGUAAUUCUGAAUUUGAGUGAUUGUUGCAGAUUGAGAUUCAGUUAUAAAUGGAUGAUUCAUUGAAUAGAUAAUAAAAAUGAUUAUUAUGUUGUAGAU